CCAAUACAAUACUCGCUCAUAUAAAUAGAAAAGGUUCCUACGCAGCCAACACAUCACGUGGGAUGUUUAACAAGAUCUCCAGCUCACCCUCUUUAUUCCUUAUUCCUCAUAACCGCAUACUCAAGUGGCCCUCUGUGCCACGUCACAGCUCUCUGUUGUCGUCUUCUGCUGACUCCCUUUCUUCCUUCUCGUGUACUCAUAUAGUAAGGGAGGUCGUAACGCUUCAUAUCUAACAGCUUCCCACCGUCAAAGCCGAGUCAAAGCUCCCUGCCCUUUUGAUUGUCAACAUUCAGUUGCCAACUUAUCCAGCCGCGAUGUUUCUUGGUGAUACCAAUGGAGAAGGCAUGAGUAUUGUACUUUACUUCAAAUUACGUGAUGAUUACGAGAAAGAAAUCUCCCAGCAAUGCCAAGAGAGCAUCAAGAAACUAGUGGAAGAUGAGAUGGAGAAAGUUAAAGGGUUUGCAAAAGACAACAUUGUUUCGUUCCGAGAAAGGCUUAAGAUCAUAGCAGGAUUAGUUAACCCUGAUGAUCUCAGUCUUAACUCCACUGAGAAGAAGCUUAUACAAGCUUACAAUGAAAAACCCGUCCUGUCACGCCCUCAACAUAACUUCUUCAAGGGUCCUAAUUACUUUGAGAUUGAUUUGGACGUUCAUCGGUUUAGUUUCAUAUCAAGAAAAGGGCUUGAAGCCUUUCGUGAUAGACUUAAAAAUGGAACUCUUGAUCUUGGCUUAACUAUCCAGGCUCAAAAACAGGAGGAGUUACCAGAAAAAGUCUUAUGUUGUAUAAGGCUGAGCAAGAUUGACUUCGUUGACCAUGGCCAGAUCCCAACGCUUUUAAUCCCUGAUAAAGGAGAAUCUCUUGAUUGAACCAGAAACAGUGUGAAUUGUUUUCACUGAAUUUGUUGUGCAGUGACGAGUUGUGUAACACUAAUAUAUAUUAUUAUCCAUCGAUAAUCACAAAUUCUAACACCUGAAUGUCUUCUUCUUGAGUUUGUCCUUUGU